CAGUCAGUCAGUUGUUAUCGAGCGUUACUUGAAGCUGGUUGGCUGCUCACUGCCCGGCUGUGUGUUGUUGUUAGUAUUAGUGUUUAGUAUUAGUCGUGUGUGCGCGCUGCGAAAAUCUGAGCUACCCCACGCCCCCAGCACCGCUCGCGUUGUCGCCGCCGUCGUCGUCGCCGUCUUUACUGCCAGUUUUAUUUAUCUUUCAUAAAGCCCAAAAUCAACAACAACAACAGCAACAACAACAAAAGAUAAACGCGGAAAUGGAUUACAUUGUAAAGGCCUACAAGGACUGGAAAUUGCAUUCGCAAUUUCAAGAGAUCGUGCCUGAUAUGGAUGACACCGAAUUCAUGUUCAACGAAAAGCAAUCGAUACGCGACUCCUCACGCACCCUCAAGAAGUAUGGCAGCACCUGCUGCAACAAUCUGAGGAACAAUGAAAUUCUCAUACGACACACGGUGGAAAAAACGGAUACACUGCAAGGAAUUUCACUCAAAUAUGGCGCCACGACGGAGCAAAUAAGGCGCGCGAACCGUCUGUUUGCCUCGGACAGUUUGUUCCUGCGUCAGUUUUUGCUGGUGCCUGUGGAGAAGACGUCGCCCUAUUAUUUGCAGGCAAAUGGGGCUGACCAGCUGGCCGAUGUGCUGGCCUCGCCGCCGACCACGCCGGAUGCAAAUGUGCAGCGGGAGACGCUGAACAAUGCCAACAAUUUGAGCUACAACAGUGGCAGCGGCGGCAGCAGCAACAGCUGCAACACAAACAUCUCGUCCAGCUCGUCGAGCACACGUUCCGGCCAGCUGCACGGCACACCGCGUCCCUAUUCGAUUGCCGGCGAGCUGCUGGUCCAGGCCAGUGACGAGGAUCCGGCUCUGAUGCACAAUCACAGCGCGUGCAGCAGCAAGCAGAGCAAAUCCCUGGACUCGGUGGCCGCAAUGACGCCCGAGGAGGAGAAUCGCAAGUGCAUGAACGACUUUCUCAACAAGAUAGACAACACAAUAUCCGAGUCACGCAAAUACGUGGAACGCUCCAAGGAUCUGGUGAACAGUCAGAGCGAUGCGGAGAUUUGCAUCAGCCCCACAACCGAUGUCUUCUCGCAACGCCGCAAUCAGCAGCUGAAUAACUCCUACAAGAACAACAACAACAACAACAAUCGUCCGCCGCAUCAUCAGAGGCACAGCUCGACGGGCAGCGGCAACUCGGACACGGCGCAGCUUCUGAACACAACGCAAACGCGUCGCGUGCAAAACUCGCUGAAGCGCCUGGAGAAGCAGCAGGAUGAUUUCUUUGAAUUGUAGCCGAGCUAGAAACUAGAUUUAAUUGCUGUGAGACGAGAGACGGGAGCUAGAGUUAAAGAGGGGGAUAAUUAAGUUUAUAAAUUGUUUUUAAUUGCGGCACACGAAAUGCUGCGCUAAAUGUAAAUUAUAGAUACGUACACUACCUUUAUACUAUAUACCUAUGUAUACCUAUAUAUGCGUACAUACAUUCAUAUAUAGAUAUGUUUAUAUGUUAGGCAGCGCUGCGCUAUUUAAACCUGUACUAUAUACUAGAUGACGACGCGUUUGUCGAAUGUUUAUUCUUGUUUGAUCUUAUUGUUAGUCCCAAACUGUCAGCCCCUUUGUAAUUGCCGCCAAUUUGCUUGCAAGGCCCAGCCCCAGCCCCAAAAUAUGUUUAAAUAUAUUUUCCUCUUUUGUAUGAUUAGCUUUAAUUACACUUAAAAAUGCCUAGUUUAGCUAUGAGAAUUAUUAAUCUUAAUUCACACACACAUUUAGUCGUUAGUCUCUGCAAGUUUAAAUGCAUAACUGACUGCUCUGUUUGCACAUUUAAUUGGCCGCUAAAAAUAACUGUUAAAUCUAACUUGUAACUUUUAAUUAUAAUUUAUAUGUUAGCUUUCAAUAGUAUUCUUAAUGUUAUUGUCAAUAAUAUAUUGCAAAUGUUGUCAAUAAUA